AUGUGUCGAUUUUCAUUGCUGAAAGACAAUAGGGUAGUCGUAGAUAAGAUGCCUGAGUACAAACUCGUUGUUGUUGGAGCUGGUGGUGUUGGGAAGAGUGCACUAACGAUUCAGCUUAUCCAAAAUCAGUAA